AUGGCUACCGAGCCGGACGCCUCACAGCAAGCGCAGCCACCUCGUCGGCUGAAAUUGGUGAUGCCCAACACCGCCUCAUCCAGGCAUUCGACUUCUGAAAGUCCGAACAGAGCGCCGACGUCCAGCAAUAAGGCCUCGUCUGGAAGCCCAGAGCGUCCUUCCUAUUCCCCAGUCACGCCAACCCUGUCAGAAGCCGCUCUACCAGAUUCACAACCAAGCCAUCCCGAUUUGCAACAGGUGCCAGAGUUCAUCGUCCCCCCCGAACCACUCCCGGUGAGUCUUGACGAGAACACAGACGCCAUAGCCAUGAGGGCUGCUCUGUCCAUUCUGCAAAUGCAGCGCCAACAGAGUCUGAGAGAUAUACGUAGGCUAGAUAGGAUGAAAGCUGCCGCCAUCCAGGAUCCGGAAGGGUUUGUCGAGCAUUUGAAUGCGCAAAAACUUUCGGCUGCACCCCGACAAGGCGUCGAUGUUGAUUACGAUGACGAUGAUGAUGACGAUGACGAUGCAUCAGUGGAAGACAAGGAGGACACUCAAACAUCGGACGCCAAGUUCCCCAGUUUUCCUACUGCACAGAAUGUUGUCAGAGCUCCACCUAUCGAAUGGCACAAGUACGGCAUUGUUGGCGAACCCUUGGACAGAAUGCACGAAACACAGCGAAAGCACCCGGGAUGGAUGGACAACGGAUCGACAGCAUCACGGAAUCUACAGCCGCACAAUAUCGCAGCACCGUACAAGCCUUUCUCCGAUCGGCUCGAUGACACGAAGAAGUAA